UAUAAGUCUUUGCUUUCAUCGAUCUCCAUGAUGAAUCUUCUAUCAAUAGUCGUUGCUAUCUUAGCAAGCUCCGUUUCUGCUUAUGGCUAUGUUUGCCAAAAUGAUGACAGUACUUAUUAUCAUGCCGAUCCAUCAACUGCAUGCCAGGUAUAUCAUUACUGUGACAAAUCUGCAAUGACCACACAUACAUGCCCCUCCGGACAAGCUUUUGAUAGUGAAAAAAUGAAGUGCAUGGAAGCUGCCUCGGUUACAUGUGUUGAUGAGGAACACCACAGAGUGAAAAGGUCUAUAGAAGUUCAUUCAAUUGCGUUGGAAGAUUUGAAAUCUGGCUUUGAAAAAUUACUGAAAGAAAUGGUUGAGGCUCUGGAUGAAGCUUUGCUAUCAGCAAUGCCAACUAUUCACGAGGAACUAAUAAAAACUUACUUUCCCAUGAUUAAAUCAUUGGAGGAAGAUCUUCUCCCCCUUUACAAGCAAACAGUUUCACCCAGGAUGGCAAAAGCAGUUACAUACAUUCAAAAACUCAUUGGAAGGCUAUGCAAAAAAGCUUACCAAUCAUGGGAAAUGAGCAAUUCUACUCAUGUGAAUCUUGUUUCAGUAGAAGACAUUGUAUCAGAUGUUUCUAAUGAUUUAAAGCCUGUGUUGCAACUCGGAAAAUAUUUAUCAGCAAAAGCAAUUCAUUCAAGACACAAAAGAUGGACAGAUGAUCUUGCACGUUCAAUCGGAAGGCCUAUUGCUGAGGAUAUUUUCGACAGCUUUCUGAAUUUCCUGUCAGGUGAUCAGGAUACUGUGAUGAGCAAACUAAUUUUGCCAACUGUGACCGAGCUCGUUUCUGAUCCUGAAACUAGAUUCGAUAUGAUAAAAUUGAUAGUGUCGUUGAAAUCCGCGUUCGCCCCGGUGAUGAAUGAAAUGUACAAGAGGCAAUUACACAAUACUCCACCUGGUACCAUCAUCCAUCUUCCUCAAUCCAUUGUUGACAAAGCCAAAGAAAGUUUCGAAAACGAUUCUCUGCCUAUCUUAGGAAAACUCAUGCGAAAGCAUCUGCGAAUGAUCCUGAGAAAGUCUGCUGAAAAUCUUCAUUUGAUAACUGAAGAAGCUGAGUCUUUGCAUGCUGGAUUUGGUAAAAGGUUAAGGCACGAAUGGAUUGUGUUCAUGGAAAAGCACACAUCUCUUUUCUUGACCGAUGACUCACAUAAUUAUUCGCACAUCCACACCAAGACUAUUACAGAAAUCAUUCGGGACCUACAACCCAUCAAAAGUUUGAUUAUUGAAAUGUUUCUGAAUAGCAUGAGUACAUCUCCCAAUGUGCUUUUUAAGUUCUUUUCCAGAGCAGACACUGUUUUGAUGCGUUCCCUUUUUUAA